GGUAUGCCAACGCAAUAUCCACGAGGCCCAGUCUGAGACAUGCUCGAGAUGUAACCGCUCGAACCCUGACAGGUCUGGGCCCGGCUGCUUUUGCUGGUCCAGGACUUCAGAUGUGACAUGCACUGCAGAAUUACACCAGCACGGAACAUGUCGCCCCCUCCCCCUGUUAUGAAGUCAUGCGCGGGGAGCUCUUGUGGCUUGAUGCCUGCUUCUUCUGCCUCUGUACUCACCACCAUCCUGUCAUCAUGCAAUGAUCUCCUCCACCGGGCGGGACGAGACACGAUCGAGAUGGGUGUGGCUGUGACGUAAGGCUGGAGAACCACUACCAACCCCUUUCCACAGAUGACGUUCCUGGCCAGCAAGUUGUCGACAGCCUACUGUAGCUGCCGCCAGGCCGGAGCCCCCCAGGGUCCUUCGAACUGGUGGUUUGGACGCAUAUAAGCUGGCGUCGCAGGCAAAUCCAGGCUGUUGGAUUGGUCUCUGCCAUCAUCCCAAGCUGAGAAAACACAAAAGGUCCAAAUCAACUAUCGUAUACCCGAAAAGAUUCCCCCCUGAUCCCCCAUCGUAUUUUUCAAAUCGCAUCUUUAUCGUGUUCUCUGACUGAAUAAUCACACACCAAACUUAUAUCAUCACACCAUCAACGCGAACCAAGUGUCAUCAGACCCCAUACCAUAUUCACGUGCUCUAAUCAUCAACAUGUCGGAGACUCAACCACCAGGAGGUUGGCCAUGGGGCAAGAACAAGCAGCAGCAGUCAUCCAAGGGCGAUGACGCGUCCGAGGCCCCCACCAGUACAGCCCAGCACCAACUCCAGGACAAGGGCAUCCAAGAGCCAGAAGUCCUUCAGGAGGGCGACAAUGCUCAAUCUCAAGUACAAUCCAAAGUCGGGGACGCCAAGUCGGCCGCCGGCAGUGCCGCCAACAAGUCAGUCAGGUACGAGGAUGAUGAAGUCAAGGGUCCUGGUAGUAACACCAGCUUCAGCAGGAACGCCAAGGAGCCCAGUGUCUUGUCCAACGGCGUUGACAAGGAUGAUAUUUCUGAGAAUGCCAAUGAGGCAGUCCAGAACGUGCAGGAGACUGCCUCAUCCAAGAAGGACGACCUCCCUGAGGAUGAGGGCAAGGACAUGACUGAGCCGAUAGAGCAAGCCGGAGAAGAGGCCACUCAGGCCGGUGAGGACACCCAGAAGGCGCAGUCCCAGACCGGCUCCAAAUUCUCCAGCUUCAUGGGCGGCGCCAGCAGACUUGUUCCUUCAUUCGGAGGUGGCAGCAAGAAGUCUCAGCAAGACGACUCGGAGAUCCCGGAGUCCAUCCGCAAGAUCCAGAGCCAGAUCGGCGACACAGGCACCAACUUGACCAUGCCGGGCGAGAGCUCUCAAGCACAGACCCUGGGAUCCGACCAGAAGAGCGGUACCGAGGCCACCACCGAGGAAGGGAUUACUCCGGCCGAGACCGACGACCAGGCAAUCACUGAGCAGGCAACUACCACGGCAAGGCCCGAGGACAGUCAGUACACCGAGGGUGACGGACUUGACGGCGAGGAACUAGGACCUGACGACUCGGUCACCUACGCUGCUGACAACAGCCAAAAGCUCCCAGGUGACGAGCAAACCGAAGGCCAAACUGAGGCUGAGAGCACACUCCGCCAACUGCCCGAGGGCACCCAGUUGCCCGAAGGGUACACGGCCUCUCAAAUCGACCUGAACGACCUCCCAGAAGGUACCCAACUCCCAGACGGCACCCAGAUCCAGGGAUCCCAACUCCAGGACGGCACCCUGGCCGACUCUCAGCUCCAGGAGGGCACCACCCAGUAUGAGGGUACCCAGUACGAGUCCCAGCCCGGUACUACCCAGUAUGAGGGUACCCAGGCUCCGGAGACGGAGGUCGGGACCCAGGCUGAAGGUACCCAAGCCGCUGAGGGUACCCAGGCUGCUGGCUCCGAGGCCCAGAUCCCCGACGACCAGCAGACGGAAUACACGUAUGCCAGUGGUUAUCCGACAGCCACCGUGCAGCCUGAGGCUGAGAUCGAUUACUCGAUCCUCAAGGGUGCCAAGGUUAACAAGACGGGCAACGUCGUCAAUGAGAAGGGCCAGGCUAUCGGCCGCAUUACUCAGGGUAUCAUGUCGCACCUCAUCGGCCGAAAGGUAGAUGAGAAUGGCAUCAUCUGGAACGACAGCGGCAAGGAGAUUGGUCGUGCUGAGCCAAUCCCCGACAAUGAGCUGCAAGACCUCAUGGAGUCCAAGCCGUUUGAGUCCUUCGAGGGCAACACCAUCGACGGCAAGGGCAAAGUCAUGUGGGAGGGCCAGCAAGUUGGUCAGGUGAUCGAGGGCGACCUCAAGGUCCUUCAGGGCAAGACCGUCGAUCCUGACGGUGAAAUUCUUGACAAGGCCGGCAAUGUCAUUGGCAAGGCCGAGCGCUGGGAAGAGGAGGAGGUUGAGCCGGAGGCUGAGGUUGAGAUUGACAAGUCCAUUCUUGCCGGCAAGCGCGUCAACAAGAACGGCAACAUCGUUGACUCCGCCGGCGUCAUCUUCGGCCGGGUCGUCGAUGGUGAUGUUUCCAAGAUGAUUGGCCGCAUGUGCAACAAGAACGGUGAGAUCCUCAGCGAGUCCGGCGACGUUAUCGGACACGCGGAGCUUGUCACCGAGGGCGAGCGUGAGGGUUCCAAAGAGGGCAUCUUCGCUCAGCUCAGCGGUCUGACCGUCAACAAGGAGGGCCACGUUGUUACUCCUGGCGGCGACAUUGUCGGCCGUCUCGUGGAGGGUGACCCCAAGAAGCUCUCUGGCCGCACGGUCGACCAGGACGGUGACAUUCUCGACAGCAACGGCAACGUCAUCGGCAAGGCCGAGCGCUGGGAGCCCGAGGAGGUGGAGAAGAAGGUCGGCGCCCUCGCUGGUCUGCACGUCAACCAGGAGGGUAAUGUCGUCGACACCAACGGUAACAUCAUCGCCAAGCUUACCAGCGGUGACCCACUUGUCUGCUCUGGCUUGGAGAUUGAUGACGAUGGCGAUGUCAUCAACAGCAAAGGUCAGGCAGUCGGUCACGUCAACAUGCUCUCCGAGAUUCCCCAAGAGGAAGAAGUCGGAGAGACCGAGGAGGAGAAGGAGGCGCGCUUGCAGGCGGAGCAGGACAAGAAGCUUGCAACCCAGAUGGCCAUGUGCUUGGAGCAGUGCCUCGACAAGGUCAAGCCCAUCUGCAAGAUGAUCACCAACAAGAUCGAGGCUGAGGAGCGUAAGCCCGAGGAAGAGCGUGACGAGGAGGCUCUAGUCAGGGAGGUCCGCCCACUCAUCGAGGAGGGUGGUAACAUCCUGCGCGAGGCGCACGGUGUCAUCCGCGGCAUCGACCCCGACGGACACAUCCAGGCCAACGCUAAGCACAAGUCUGGUACCCGUGAGGCCACUCCCGAGGAGUUCCACCUUGCUGAGGUUAUCAAGGAGCUUACCACCAACGUCACCGAGACCAUCGACGGCGCCAAGCGCAAGCUGGAGGGCAUGCCCCACGCCAAGAAGGAGCUCAACCCCCUGUGGGGUCUUCUGGGCGAGCCUCUCUUCCAGAUCAUCGCCGCCGUCGGUCUGCUGCUCACCGGUGUUCUCGGCAUCGUGGGUCGCCUGCUCAGCGGUCUCGGCCUAGGCGGUAUCGUCGACGGCCUCCUGGGCACUCUUGGCCUCAACAGGCUGCUCGAUGGUCUUGGACUAGGUUCUUUGACCAAGGCCCUGACAGGCAAGGACAAGAAGAAGAAAUAAAUGAAACGCGCAAGCCCCCUCUGGUUUCUUCCCGGGAACUUUUGAUAACGAAGAGCACUAUUGGACUGUUAUAAUUCACGAUGGUAAUUUAUCCAUUGGGGGGAAUCGGGUAAAAUGUUUUGGGACCUUGAAAGGGAAGUUGAUGGUACGCUUUGAUGGAAUGCGACUACGAUCUUAACGUCCAUGUAUCUUAGUAUGAUGUAUGAUUUCAGCGGAUUAAUCAAAUAUCUAAUCUAACAAACCAAAUUAACACUUG